CAGGGGUUCGUGUGACAUCCAGUGGUUAUGUGGUUGAGAUUGUGAAUGCCAGCUACAAGAAUCGAAGGUGCGUUUUAGGGAGUAAAAAUGGAGGAGAAAAAGUUAAUCGUCUAUAUGCCUCACAUCACGGGUUGGCAAAGGUCCGUUAAACAUGAAACACUCGUCAUAGUAGCCGGUAACGGUCAUUUAUACAAUUGGGGAAGGGGUUUUGCUGGCGCUUCUGAUGCUAACUUUCCUCAGCUUUCACUUUCAUCUUUGGGGUGCACGAAAGCUGCCCUUGGAUGGAAUCACUGCUUACUGUUGUCAGGUGAUGAAGAAGUAUUUAUGCUUGGUGGCAAUGACCAUGGGGUUCUUUGUGAUCUUGAGGAAAUGAGUGCAGUGAAGCAUCCAGCAGAUUCAUCUGGAGCUCUUUUGAAUAAAGAAUUGGUCUUGAUGGGCUAAAAGUUGUGAAGAUCGCAGCUGGAGCUGAGCACUCUGCUAUAGUGACAGGCAAAAUUAUUUACCAUGCAUUGAUGCCCAUCUAAUUCUUCUUCAUUGAGUCAUUGUGUCAUCUCAUUUUGUUGAUGUCAUUGAAAAUUUGCCAGUCUUGGGCCCUUCUAUUGAAAAUAAAGAAGCCUUCCCAAACGUUUACU